AUGCAGAUUUUCGUAAAAACACUCACUGGUAAAACCAUAACUUUAGAAGUCGAAAGUUCCGAUACCAUUGAUGCAGUAAAAGCCAAAAUUCAAGAUAAAGAAGGUAUUACAAGCUGUAUCCCACCUGACCAACAACGUUUAAUAUUUGCUGGUAAACAGCUUGAAGAUGGUCGUACAUUGUCAGACUAUAAUAUACAAAAAGAAUCAACUUUACAUUUAGUAUUAAGAUUACGUGGUGGUAUUAUUGAACCAUCCUUGAAGGCCUUAGCUUCAAAAUACAAUUGUGAGAAAAUGAUUUGUCGUAAAUGUUAUGCUAGAUUACCACCUAGAGCUACCAAUUGUAGAAAGAAGAAGUGUGGACAUUCUAAUCAAUUACGUCCAAAAAAGAAACUUAAAUAG